CGGCGGAGCAUCUAAAGAGGUUUCGUGGGAAGGAUCCGGCUAUAUUCUGUAGCUAAAUACUCACUUUGAACAAAUACUCGUGCAGAGAUGGUUCUUCAGCGGAUUUUUCGUGCUGUCAUCAUGGGACCUCCGGGGUCGGGCAAAGGAACUGUGUCUGCGCGGAUAACCAAAACUUUUGGACUGAAACACAUUUCUAGUGGGGACAUUUUGAGAGCCAACAUCAAUGCCCAAACCGAGCUCGGCCUGUUGAUGAAGUCCUCUAUUGAUCAGGGUCAGCUGGUACCCGAUGACGUAAUGUCUCGUCUCAUACUCAGCGACCUGAGAGCGAUGGAUCAGAGUAGCUGGCUGAUUGAUGGUUUCCCUCGUACCGUAUCCCAGUCCGAAGCUCUGGAUGACGCCUACCACGUGGACACAGUCAUUAACCUCAAUGUACCUUUCCAGACCAUAAAACAGAGGCUCACCUCACGCUGGACUCACCUGGCCAGCGGUAGAGUCUACAACAUCGAUUUCAACCCUCCUAAAGUCUCUGGUUUGGAUGAUGUGACGGGGGAGCCUCUGGUCCAGAGGGACGACGACACGCCAGAGACGGUCAUGCAGAGACUGAAGGCCUAUCAAAUCCAGACGGAGCCUGUCUUAGAGUACUACAGGAGCAAAGGCAUACUGGAGAUCUUCUCCGGGACAGAAACCAACAAGAUCUGGCCGCACGUCGAGGCUUUCCUCCACAGGAAACUCUCCCCCGUCAAACAGAAAGUUGUAUAGAAAGCCUGAACAGAUGUUGGAGAGAAGAGUUAACCGUUUACUCCCAAAAACCACUCUGUCCAGUCAGCUGCCACUUUGUGUAAAACAAGAGGAGUGCCAUCUGUGUAAUGAUAUAUUCUGAAUAUUCAAUAGGAGGACCAAGCUCAUGCAGUUAGUCAGGAAGUAAAGAUUAGAUUGCAGAUAUUGUUGGAGAGAACGCCACCGUUUCCACAAUGUUGCUGGAAUUAGCUUUAGAAUUUAAAGAUGGUCUCUUUAUUGAACAAUGUGCCUUAAAGCCAGAGGACUUCACUGAAUCAAAUGUCAAGGUCUUUAACUGUAGAUUAGAAUAUAAUUGUUUCAUUUUUAGCUUUUGUAAAUCGCAAUCAUGAUUUCUUUUCUCAGUUGAUUGCAGCGACAAUAAUAUGAAUGGGACGAUAAAAUGAAUGGGCCCAAGCAAUAAGAUAUUUUGAGCUAAAGAGACUUUCCUGCAUUUUGCCCUAAAAAAUCAUUUGAUAACAAUAUUCACAGUAUUUUUGUCCAAGUAUCACAAAUGCAUGGAGUACUUGCGACUGUUUCUUGCACAACGGGUUAUUAUUAGAGGGAAUUGUUGAAUUGAAAUGUUAAACAAAUCACUGUAAGUUCAGUUUUGCACUAGAGGGCUUGUUGCUGCCUUUUAAAGAUAACAAAUAGCACAGUGAAUGUAGUUUGUUGAUACUUUUACUGAAGAUGGACCACAGAUCGAAUAAUGUAUAAACCACACUUAUAUAGAAUAUUUUUUAUUUCUUAAUCAAAUCAUCAUUGUGUAACAGCUUGUUUUAACCACCUUAAGUCUUAAUCACGAUGCCUCUGAAAUACAAUGUUUCCAUUUUAACCAGACACUCCUUGUUAUGACGGUCUAUAAAUGUAUAUUGAUAUUUGCCAUUUAAUGUGACUUGACAGCUGAAAACUUGAUUGAAAAACUGAAGUAACUUAAACAUUUUCAGCAGUUUGUACAGGGAUAUUGUUCGAAGAUAUGACAGACUUCAAAGUGGAUCUGCAGUUUGAUGUUUUUGUACUCGCGUCUUCAGAAUAUUUCACCAUGUUAAAAGCUACAGAAAUGAUAACUUACCCUUCAAAUGUACUGAAUAAUGUUUCCUGAAAUGUACUGUGUGUAUUUCUUACAACACUUGAAUACAAUACUUAAAAGUACAUCUACUCUUCACAGACAACUGUCUCAUGUAUAUUUAAGCCACAAUAAACUUCUGAUACUAGUAACUCCA